AGAACGGAAGUGCCGGUUCUUCGCAUCUUACGGUUGGAUGUGGAUGAGACGGAAUCACUUUAGGACACGACAUUGCGUCGUCUGUUUCACCGUAUCUUUUGCUGUUUUAUAUCGACGUGCUCAUAUCUACUGUUGGUCAGAUAGUAAGAGAACGACGACGAUAGCGCAUGCAAUGAGCAGCAGCGAAGUGGACGAGAGUUGUAAAGUUUUGCAACGAAAUUGUGGCCCAAGCGGCAGAUGGACGAUUGCGUUGUUUCUAUCGUUAGUUGUGGGCAAUUUUGUGUUUAGCGGUUUUCUGUUGUGGAAGCUCAGUGUUCAGGAGAAAAGAUUUGAGAAAAGCGUAGAGAAGUUGCAGUUGGACUUGCAGGAACUUCAAGUAGAAAAAGAGGAAAUGAAGCAGGUUUAUGAGACGUUGUCUGAGUAUGGAGGAGAAAGAGGGAAGAGGUCGGAACAAUCUCCCAGUCAGUCGUCACAAGUUACAAUCAACAUUGCACACGUAUUUGGGUCAUUCAUCAAACAGAUGUGCAAACCAGAAUCAGCAAUUUGUAUACCAGGUCAACCAGGAUGAGACGGAUUGCCAGGUAGAGAUGGCUUACCAGGUUUGUCUGGAAAAGAUGGUUCAACUGGAUUGCCAGGUUUGCCGGGAAGAGACGGUCCAAUUGGAUUGCCAGGUUUGUCAGGAAAAGAUGGUCUACCAGGUAGAGAUGGUUCAAUUGGAUUGCCAGGAGCAGCUGGAAAAAACGGCGAGGCGGGAAGGAAUGGUGAACCUGGCAGUAAGGGAUCAGCAGGUAAACAGG